GGCACCACGCACACGCAGGCGCACAAGCAGCACCAGACCACUGCAGACCAAGACAGGCCCAGGCGGGCAGGCGGGCAGGCGGGCAGCCAGACAGACAGGGCCCCUGAACCUGCGCGGCGGCGGCUGGGUGCCUCGUCGAGCCCAUGCAGCCCAUGCAGGCAGGGCAGGGCUGCUUCAAGUAGCACUCCGUCCCCUCCCUCGGCGCCGGCUGCAUCCUGUCCCUCCAACACACGCUCAUUUUCUCGAAUAUUGCUUGACCUUUGCCCACGUACCCCGUGUUUCCUAUUUCUUGCUGCUCCUGGCUCUCCAGGGCGCAAGCUGUGCCAUAUUUGUUGUGUCUAGUACAGCCCACUCCAGCCCACAGUCAAGGCAGGGUCCUCAGGCGCCGUCCGUUGUCGUUGUCGUUGUCGUUGUUGUUGUACGGAGUAGUAGUUGUCGUCGUCGUCGUGUAGUGCUCUGUCGAAAAUGGACCCGAACGAAAUGCGAUUCCGCGCCCAGCAGUCCCCCCGAAGCGAUGCCACCACCAUGAACUCGCUCGUCUCGCCGCCCCGGAACCGCCUCUCGCAGACCAUGUCCUCCCAAGAUCCCCGGUCGACCCUGUCUCGCCGUUUCACCACUGACUCGGGCCGUGUACCAACAUUGUCAUCAUCUGCAGCCCCACGUGGCCAAGAUCCUUCAGAAUACCAGACUAUGCAACAUCUUCAGUUGAUAGAAAAGAAGCGUAUGGAGUAUGAGAAGAUCCGCGAGCAAAAGCGCAUCUUCGACGCCGAGCUGGCCAAACACGAGGUGGAGCUGGGCGCCAUGCUCGAGGAGCACGGCAGGCUCUCCGGCCACCAGUCCGAGCCCACGACGCCUCCCGAGUAUCGCGAGAACCCAACCGGCUUUCCCUCGGUCUUCUCCCGCCCGAACCGGUACUCUCUGUCCAGCCUGACGUCUCCGCCGGGCUUGGCCAACCGCUCCGCGCGGUCUGGCUCCGUGCUUGCGUCGCCACAGUCGGGCGUCCCAUUGUCCCGCUUCGCCUUCGACGACCAGCUGCCGUCAUGGUCGGUCCCAGGCUCUCGGAGGAACAGCGAUGAGGAUGAGAAGGAGGAGGCUGUUCGUCAGGACCCUACGUCCCACCGGUCGACCAAUGCCGUCAACAGGUACUCGAUGCCCGUGACCAAGUCUCGGACAGCCUUCUACGACAUCAACCUGGACCAGGCCAACACCACCGGUUUCCUCUUUGGAGACGACGACAACGUGAUCGAGGGUAAGCUUUACACCCAGGCCAACAACGAGGACAACUUCCCUGUCCUCCGACGAGAACCCACCAUGUCGAACGCUUCCAGCGAGUCGUCUAUCAUUGCUACCCGGCCCGCGUCCUUUCGCCACUCUCUCGAGAUGAAGAACAUGGACCAAAAAUACACCGACCCCGCGGCCGACGCGCCUGUUCCUACCAACAACGGCAGCGUCCUCACCACACCCCCCAAGUUGCAGCCCUCGUACUCUGCCAACGACAUCCCUACCCUUAAGAGCGUGUCUGGGACCACCGUGGGCAGCGGCCCCAACCAGGCUGCCCAACAGCAUCUUCAUAAUCAUAACGCCAGCAUGGGUCGCAUCCCAGCUGGCGCCUUGCCCAGCCGUCACAGCCGGGAGCUCUCUGGUGAUACACGUGACACUGUUGCUAGUGCAAACUACCAGUCCAUCGGCUCGUCUUUGCACGCGAAUGCGCCUUCGUUCGGUCCUGCUCUAACGCAGCCCUCCAAUGUUCUUCAAGGCCCCGUCCUCACCCAGCCCUCGCAGACCCCCGUGCCUCCCAUCAUGGGCCCUGGCCAGGCCAUGAGUCCCUACAGCACCAACAACAACGGUGGAUACUAUGCGCCCAACGGAUAUGGCAAUGUUGGUCCUGCCAACGGUGGCGGCAACUACCACGGCAUGCCCUUGCUUGCGCAGAUGCAGGGCCUGUCUCUGAACGGAGGCGGAAACACCUACUCAGCACAGAACUACACUGGCUAUGCCCCUGUCUACGCCCCUCACCAGCCGCGAGACAGCCAGCAGCGCAUCAUGGCGAGUCGUCGCCAGCAAGACAACGAGGCCAUGAGUCGCUUCAACGGCACUACCCUCGAGUCCUACGGCGGCUCUAUCUACGAGCUCUGCAAAGACCAGCACGGAUGCCGAUUCUUGCAAAAGCAGCUCGAGACCCGAAACCCAGAUCACGUCCACAUGAUCUGGCUUGAGACCUGCUCUCAUGUGAUCGAGUUGAUGACCGACCCGUUCGGCAACUACUUGUGCCAGAAGCUUUUCGAGUUCUGCAAUGAUGAUGAGCGCACUGUCUUGGUUCAGAACGCUUCCAAGGACAUGGUUCGCAUCGCUCUGAACCAGCACGGCACACGAGCUCUGCAGAAGAUGAUCGAGCACCUGUCCAAUAACGACCAGGUCUCACUCAUCACCGCUGCGCUGAGCGAUCGUGUCGUGGAGCUCAUCCAGGACCUCAAUGGCAACCAUGUCAUCCAGAAGUGUCUUACAAAGCUCAGCGCUCAGGACGCUCACUUCAUCUUCGAGGCGGUCGGCACGAGCUGCGUCGAGGUCGGUACCCACCGCCAUGGCUGCUGUGUUCUGCAGCGUUGCAUCGACCACGCUUCGGGUGACCAGAAGCUUCUUCUCAUCCAGCGCAUCACCGAGCACGCAGUCACUCUGGUUCAGGACCCCUUCGGCAACUACGUCGUGCAGUACAUCAUUGACCUAAACGACUCGAUUUUCACAGAGCCCGUCGUGCAGAAGUUCCACGGGAGGAUCUGCCAGCUGUCUCGCCACAAGUUCAGCUCCAACGUAAUCGAAAAGUGCCUUCGCUGCGCCUCGGACGCAUCCAAAGAUAUGAUCGUGGAUGAGCUGCUGGCACCCAGCGAGAUGGACCGCCUCAUUCGAGACUCUUACGCCAACUAUGUCGUCCAGACGGCGUUGGAGCACGCUACUCACUACAUGAAGCAGCGCCUGGUCGAUGUCAUUCGCCCAAUCCUGCCGACUGUUCGCUCGACUCCUUACGGACGCAAGAUUCAGGCCAAAGUCUCCGCGUACGACUCGACCAACGGCCGCUCCAGCGGGCAGAUGACCCCAGCGGAUCCUACUCAAGGCCAGAUCCCGGUCCGCCCUGCUCAGACCCGUGGCAUGUCUAACACCACCUCCAUUCUGGCCCCUGGUGGUUUCCAGAAUGGUACCAACGGCGUGAACAACCGUGGCGCGCAGGUCUUCCCGACCAGCGCGAGUCUGACUGUGCCGCCUCCCCAGUCUCAGCACCCUCAACAAUACGCGCCUCAGUUCGUCAACCACAUCGCUAGCGCUCCUUAUGGCCAAGGACAGGGUGCCUCUGGACCUGCCCAAGGUGGUCAGGUCUACAACGGGGCUCCGAACCCGCCCAUGGCUUCUGACAACGGCGAGCAGAACUUCUUCUAGCUCGUCGCCUGAUCCCAUGUCGUUGCGGUCUCGGGUAGUGCUUUAUCUUCUUGCUCUGUCAUUUUACGGAUCUCACGUUGUGGACAUGAAACCUGACGACUUUUCAUUACUGGCUUGUCACCCCAACGACAUCACGACCACCUACCUCGUUCCCAUCGCCAUUCGAGCAAAAGCACUCUCUCUUGGGUGCUUUGUUGUACAAUAGAGGCUCGAUGGUGAACCAGAGGAUCUUCUCAAGAAAGACUUGCAUCUAGGGCGGACUCCUUCUGCAGGAGGACCAGCAAUGAUCAAGAGGCAUGGCUCUUUCGCCUGUAACAUCGACUGCAUUGCGCGGACAUGGGCAGCAUAGAUCUUUCCUUGGUCACCAAACCAAAACGCGUUUCUUUCCUUCUGAAAUUACGAAAACGGCGUUGGCUUCUUUGGGUUUGGAUCGGAUUACAAUGACGCGAAAUCUUCAUAGUCCUCAUCUUCACACCAGACCGGAGGCUAUGAUCGCAAACGACGUCAACGACUCGAGCAUCGACUUCUCUUUUCUUAUUUCAAAGCAGUCCAUCUGAGAGGUAUCUCGGAACGACUCUUCUCGCCUUGGUUCAGUCACCCCAGAGCUCAGCUGAGAUCCUACACCCUUGAGGUGCCUUGUUCAGGGAUUCUCGGGUCAUCUACAUGACAGCUACUUGCUCUCUCGCGGGUUUUCGGAGCAGAGCCUCGGGCGUGAAUCUGGCGGUUCCUUGCGCUUUUGCAAGGGCAGGCAGUCUAAAUUUUCUUUCUUUGCUUUCAAAAUGGUGGGAGACUCUGGAUGCUGCUCUGGCGCGCACAACUGGCAUGAGACGCCAUGCCUACAACGUGCUCUUUGCUUGGGCACCCGCACCAUUGAAUACGGAAAUAAUUUGGCUUGGAUUUGACACUUUGGUCUCAUCUCCCGACUCACUUUCCCCAAAAGGCCCCCUGGGCUCCAUUCAGCUGGGUCAUCACCAAAUUGAACGCUCUACUCUACGACAUGGCAAAAUUUCGGGCAGGUCAUACUCACUUCUGACCGCUUCCUUUUUUUUCCGUCAUGACCUGUAUGUAAGGCACCUCUUCGCUUUCUUUCUCCACAGCAUUUGCCGACGGCCUCACACGGAAGACUCCUUUGUAGGGAGCUUCGUGGUCUGUUUUAAGAAUAGAUAGCUUUCGCGCAAACAAGCUCAGGAUAGGGGUCCCCAAAUGAAGUGUUAAUACGAUAGAAGACUUGCUUGGCA